UCCUCCUAUCCCCGUCCCCUUUCCCGCCGCCUCCAUUCCUAAAACUCCCAACUUUGCCAUAAAUCCUCGCCAAAAUCCCCCACCUCCCGUUACCCCAAUCCCUCCAAGAAACCCUCGUUUCCCAUCCCCCAUCCCCCCACCAUGGGCAGCGCCGCCUCGCCGCCGCGGACCCUGGACGCCGCCUCCUCCCCCACGGCGUCGCAGGAGGACCUCAAGCGCGUCGCCGCGCACCGGGCCGUGUCCAUGGUGGAGUCCAACAUGACCCUGGGGCUCGGCACGGGCUCCACCGCCGCGCACGCGCUGGACCGGCUCGGGGCCCUCCUCCGCAGCGGCGCGCUGCGCGGGGUCGCCGGGGUGCCCACCUCCCUCAAGACGGAGGCGCACGCGUCCCGCGCCGGGAUCCCGAUGCUCGCGCUCGCCGACGCCGCCGAGAUCCACCUCUCCAUCGACGGCGCCGACGAGGUCGACCCGGACCUCAACCUCGUCAAGGGCCGCGGCGGCUCGCUCCUGCGCGAGAAGAUGAUCGAGGGCGCCGGGGCCCGCUUCGUCGUCAUCGUCGACGAGUCCAAGCUCGUGCCGCGCCUCGGCUGCACGGGCGCCGUCCCCGUCGAGGUCGUCCCCUUCGGGAGCGCAUACACGCUCGGCCUCGUACGCAAGGUGUUCGACGGGGUGACCGGGUUCAGCGCCAGGCUCAGGACCGUCAAGUCCAAGGCGGGGGACGGAAAGGACGAGCUCUUCGUCACCGACAACGGCAACCACAUCGUCGAGAUGUUCUUCGACGACGGGAUACGCGGCGACCUAAGCGCCAUCAGCGACACCCUGCUCCGCAUCACCGGCGUCGUCGAGCACGGCAUGUUCCUCGGCAUGGCCACGUCCGUCAUCGUCGCCAAGAAGGACGGAACCGUCGCCGUCCUCACCAAGAAGUAGACGCCGCCGCACCUGCCCGCCGACGCGCUGAGGAAUCACCAGGGAAUAAGCCAAGAAGAUUGAAGCAGCCGCAACGCACCCCGGCUCUUGAUUAUUAACCUCUUAUUGCGUACGCUACUGUUACUACUGCGUUUCCUCCUCCUUAAUUUUCAUCAUGGGUUGGUGCCCACCUUAAUAAGUUUUCGACUUCGCUCAUC